AUAACAAAGAAGAAACCACUUUAAGUCCACACCAUGGAUACCACAAAGGAGAAGAAUGACAAUUACAAAGAUAAUCUUCUGCUUAGGAUGGGACUUAAUGAUAAUAAAGCAGGAAUGGAAGGAUUAGAUAAAGAGAAAAUUAAUAAAAUUAUAAUGGAAGCCACAAAGGGGUCCAGAUUUUAUGAAAAUGAGCUCAAGAAGGAAAAACAAGUCAACCAACGAAUUGAAAAUAUGAUGCACCAAAAAACACAAAUCACCAGCCAGCAGCUAAGGAAUGCACAAUUGCAGGUUGACAGGUUUGCAAUGGAAAUAGAACACCGCCGAGAUUUGAACAAUACCAUAGUACAUGUUGACAUGGAUGCUUUCUAUGCUGCUGUAGAAAUGAGGGACACUCCAGAACUGAAGGAUAAACCCAUCGCUGUAGGAUCAAUGAGUAUGUUGUCUACUUCAAAUUACCAUGCAAGGAGGUUUGGUGUUCGUGCAGCCAUGCCAGGAUUUAUUGCUAAGAGACUCUGCCCACAUCUCAUUAUAGUGGCCCCAAACUUUGACAAAUACAGAGCCGUGAGUGAAGAGGUUAAGGAAAUACUUGCUGAUUAUGAUCCCAAUUUUAUGGCCAUGAGUCUUGAUGAAGCCUACUUGAAUAUAACAAAGCACUUACAGGAAAGACAAAAUUGGCCUGAGGAAAAAAGAAGUUAUUUCAUCAAAACUGGAAACUUGGCAGAAAAUGAUGAACCAGGAAAGGAAGUUAAUAAGCUGAGUGAGUCUGACCGGUCCAUCUCUCCACUACUUUUUGAAGACAGUCCUCCUGAUUUGCAGUCCCCAGGACAUCCUUGCCAAGUGAACUCUGAAGAACAAAACAAUCCUCAAAUACCACAGAAUUCAGUUGUUUUUGGAACUUCAGCUGAGGAAGUGGUAAAGGAAAUUCGGUUCAGAAUUGAACAAAAAACAACACUAACAGCCAGUGCAGGCAUUGCUCCCAACACAAUGUUAGCAAAAGUAUGCAGUGAUAAGAAUAAACCAAAUGGACAAUACCAAAUUCUCCCCAGCAGACAAGCUGUGAUGGACUUCAUCAAAGACUUACCCAUUCGAAAGGUUUCUGGAAUAGGAAAAGUUACAGAGAAAAUGUUGAAGGCCCUUGGAAUUAUUACUUGUACAGAACUCUACCAACAGAGGGCAUUGCUUUCUCUCCUUUUCUCUGAAACAUCUUGGCAUUAUUUUCUUCAUAUUUCUCUGGGCCUAGGUUCAACCCACCUGGCAAGGGAUGGAGAAAGGAAAAGUAUGAGUGUUGAGAGGACAUUUAAUGAGAUAAACAAAGCAGAAGAACAGUACGAUUUGUGCCAGGAACUUUGCAGGGAACUUGCCCAAGAUCUCCAGAAAGAAGGACUAAAGGGUCGAACUGUUACCGUUAAACUGAAGAAUGUGAAUUUUGAAGUAAAAACUCGUGCAUCUACAGUUUCAUCUGUUGUUUCUACCACAGAAGAAAUAUUUGCCAUUGCAAAAGAAUUGCUAAGAACAGAAAUUGAUGCUGAUUUUCCAUAUCCCUUAAGAUUAAGACUUAUGGGUGUUCGGAUAUCUAGUUUUCCCAAUGAAGAAGACAAAAAACACCAACAAAGGAGCAUCAUUGGCUUCUUACAGGCUGGGAACCAAGCUCCAUCAGCCACUGAGUAUAUAGAAGAGAGAACUGAUAAAGAUCAGUUUGUAAAACCUCUAAAAACAUCUCAUAAGAAGAGUUUUUUUGAUAAAAAACAAUCAGAAACAAAAUGGAGCCACCAAGACACAUCAAAAUGUGAAACUGUGGAUAAACAAAAUUUACAGACAUCACAGCCAUUCCAAAUUAUAAAGAAGAAGACGAGUGAGAAUUUAGAAACAUCAGAGAGUUCAAAUAGCUGUCAGAUGAUAUUUACGUGUCCUGUUUGCUUUAGGGAGCAAGGAAGCAUCAGUCUGGAGGCCUUUAAUAAACAUGUAGAUGCAUGUCUCGAUUGCCCUUCAGUCAGUGAGAACUGUAAAGUGUCCACUUGUUCACAGGCUACCUCUGCUGUUAACCAGAAAGAAAACACACAUCAUUCCUUUUCACUUUGGGAAAAGCAAGAUUAUGAGGCCCGUCAGAAAAAUAUAGAAGUCACUUCAGAAGAUUGUGUCGAUUUGGUAGAGCCUAAAGAUAGCUCACUGAAAGCUAGAAGUAUAGACUCUCUAAGGAGAAAGCACAGCAAAGAGGAGCAUUCUAGUCUUCCAAGCAAGUCUUCUUGUACUGUUUCAUUGGAAAAUGCAGACGUUGGGUUAUUAAGUAGGCAAGAAUCCCUCCAACCUUUGUCAUUUAAAGUGACAGCUGGCCAAGCUCUGGUUUGUCCUGUUUGUAGUCUAGAACAAAAGACCUCAGAUCUUACCCUAUUCAAUGAGCACGUGGAUGUUUGCUUAAAUAAAGGUAUUAUCCAAGAACUGAGAAAUGAUAGCGUUAAUACAAUCAACGAACCCGAAGAAAGCUCCAAAAGUACUGGUAUGUCAAACAAAGUACAGAAGACUGUAGCAAAAACAAAAAGGCCAGGACUGAUGACAAAGUACUCAACAUCAAAGAAAAUAAAACCAAACAAUCCCAGACAUACCCUUGAUAUAUUUUUUAAAUGAACAUUGAACAUUGUUUCAAUCAUUUUUCAUUGAAACUUGUUAUUUUUUUAAUCAAUGAAUUUAUUCUUUUUCCUUUUAAGUUUGUAGAUUUAUUUAAGGAAAGCAACUACAUAAUCCCUCCCCAAAUGACAUUUUCUUUUCUAAGAAUUUGAAAUAUACAUGAAUUCACUUCUUUAUACCAUCUAUUUAUAACCAUGAGAAUUUUAUUUCCAUCAUACAUCAAUUGCAAAUCAAUCUUGUUAGACAUAAUUUUUAAAAGAAAAUAAAUGGGAUCAGAAUGUGAUUUCCUUAUUACAGUUAAUAUAAACACAUUUAUAAGGGCUCUCAGGUGUUCACACAAGCCUAUGUUAGCAUAAAAUUUUUUCAGUGUUUAACCACUUGGUUGACAUUGGACCUGGUAUAUUUGGUCCUGUGUCUUCAGAUAUUUCAUGAACAUUCAUAAUUAAAACUCAUCAUAGGUUCUGUGAAGAAUAUUAAUGUAACAGAACUAGCAUGAGUGGUUUGUACCUGCAGGAAAAUAAUGUCACAGUGUUAUCGGUGGUAGAAGGAUUUUUGCUUAGAAUAUUGUUAUACUCAUUUUGUUUUUCUUAUUUAAAAUUCCUUUAUCUUAUCAAUAAGCACUUGGUUCACUUUUUAAAAUUAUUUUAGUCUAAGAUUGAAAGUGUGGGUUUUUUUUUUUUGGUAUUGGGCAUCAAACUCGGGACCCUGUCCCUGGGAGGCAGGCGGCAGCACAACUGAGCUAAAUUCCCGAUCCAGAAAGUGUUUUCUUUUUAAAUAUAGGACUUUUAACAACAUUGUUUCAUUCUGUGACAGUUGUAUUUGUACUUUUCAUAGGUCUGUGAAACAAGAAAAAAUGCAUACUUUAUUUCCAUUCUAAUCUUCAAGGAAAAAAUGUGCAAUUCAAAUGAUUAAUGUAUAUUAAAUGCUUUCUAUUGGUUACAUUUUUGUUGUAUUUUUAUUAAUAUUAAAAUUUGUAUAUUAUUAAUAAUAUUUGAAUAUUUAAUAUUAAUAUUUGUGAAAUUAAUGUUUUAUUAAUAUUAAGCACUUAAGGGUACUUAUAUUAAGUAGUUAUUUAAGACUUUUGUGCUGUCAAUGUAUUCUUAGUAAAAAAUAUGAUUUAGAGCCAGGGAUUUAGCUCAGUGGCAUCGCGCCUGCCUCAUAAGCACAAGGUCCUGAGUUCGAUCUCCCGUACCAAAAAAAAAAAAAAAAAAAGAUUUAAUUGGAACAUAAAGAUGGAAAUCAUUUUCGUUACUAUUUUACGGAACUGAAUCUUUUUUUUUAUUUUUUUCUUUUCCUAUUUUUCAUAUUUUAGCUUGUUAUUUGCCUAUACAAGGAAGUAAUAUUUGAGGGAGAGACUGAUUAGAAUCUUGUAAAACCUUUUGGUCAAACUGGUAAUUUGACUGUUUUUAUUCUUGUGCUGUGAUUUGAACCCAGGACCUCACGUGUGCGAGGCAAGCACUCUACCUCUGAGCUACAUGCAUCCUCAGGCCUGUUUAUUUACUCAUUUAUUUUGAAACAAGGACUUGCUAAGUUACCCAGGCUGGUCUCAAACUUUCAAUCUUCCUGCCUCAGACUCCUGAGUAGUUGGGAUUAUGAGGAUGCCCCACCGCACACAGCUAAUAAACUUGACUUUUAAUUACUAGAUUGUUUAAAAUUGGGCUAAUUCUUGUCAGCAAGAAUAUCUCAUACCUGAUGUUCUUAAUACACAUGACAGAUCCAAAAUUGUAGAAUGAUAGUUAUUGAGUGUGUGCUUUACUUAUGUAGAUUCUGUACAAAAUUAAAUUCAAUGAAAUUUAGUAUAUUGAAAACUAGGUAGCAUUGUAUUUAACUCUAAAUUGCUUGAAGUUUAUUUUUACUAUUUUCAGCAUUAGAGUAAAUACUAAAUUAGUUUUGUUUAGGUGAUGCAUUUAAUUGAAUGCUAUCAUGUAGUGAUAUUUAAUAAUAACUUGUAAUAAAGUUUUAAAAUUUUAAUUGACCUGUUAGCCAAUAGAGAUAGUUUCCUUACUUUUCUACUGUCUCAUUUCAUUUUAUGAUGCUUUUAUUCUUGCUUUCUCUGCCCAAAAUUCUCUACUUUUUUACUAUCUUUUUGUUUAAUAUAUCCAACCCAUUUUCUUUUUAUUAUAACUUUUAUUUGGAGCAUUUUUAGAAAGUACAGUCAAACUAACAGGAAUAGUAAUUCAUGCUCAUAAUCUUACUUAUUUAGAGGAUCAAAAUAUAAAGAACUAUUGAGAAGAACAUAUUUGCAACACUUAUAACUGGUCAGUAUCUGAAAUAUUAAA